UCCAAAAAAACCUCCAAAUAUCCUUUGGACAUACCUAUAAAAAUAAUUCUACCUCAAUCCGUGGCGCUGAGAACUGAAUUAUAAUUUACAGUGUAGCAAAUCUUAUAUGCGUACAGUUAAAAAUUUGCAUGUGACAGUAGUUUGAUUUUUUUUAGUUAUAAAAUUUAGUCUACAAUUUAGCAUUUAAAAAUAUAUAUAUAAAAAAAAAAUGUCGAAGAAUCAAGAGAUAGAAUAUUUUGAUUUACACACAGUUCAUAGUAAUUUUGAUCGUUCUCUCGUUGAAGAAGAUGAUGUGGAUAUUAAAGCAUAUUUGGACGCUUACCAUGAGUUGUUCAAAUUUUUUCAACUUAUGGGCAGUGUCUUCAGUUUUGUGUCUUCUGAUUUAAAGCAAAAAAUUGAUGUUUUACAAGAGCUUCUCGAUAAUGAUCAAAACAAUUAUCAAACAAUUAAAACAAUGAUUGAACAUGAGAAAGGUAAUAAUUUAUUGGAGAAAAAAGAUUUUGUCAGUGGUGCUAGAACUUUUUUACGACUUCAUAGAGGUUUAGACUUUAUUUCUGAAUUUCUCAAGCAAAUGGGUGAAUUGUCAGAUUCAGAGAAAACUUCAACUUGUUGCCAAAAUGCCUAUAAUAAAACUUUAGCCAAACAUCAUCCGUGGGUUAUUAAAAAAGCUGCCGUUGUUGCUAUGUAUACAAUGCCAACUAGAGAAAAUUUAUUUAAAAAGGUUUGCGGAGAGCAUGUCGAAAAAAAUAUAGAGGUACUCCCAAAAACAUUGGAAGUAACAUCAUUGGUAUUUUCUCGAACCCAUAGACUCUAUGAAAUGCACGAGUUGCACACACUGCCAUAAUGAUGGUGAAAAAUUUUUAAAAAAAUUUUUUUGUUUUUUGUAUACCAAAGGACACUUUUAAAAAAAAGAUACACAUUCCGUGAAUCGUGUGAUAAAAAAAUGCAUAAGAAUUUAUAUACAUUUUAAUUUUUGGAGUUUAUGUUUUAUUUAUUUAAAAUCAUUGUUUGAUAUUAUACCACUUAAGUAUUGGAUUUUUUUUUAAAAACAUACUUUAAUUAUUACGACUGAAUGUAUUUUAGUGCAAUUAUUAUUAUUAUAUAUAUAUGUAUAAAUCUGUUAUAUUUAUUGUGGUGUCAAAUAUGCCUUCUAAAAAAAUAUAUAUAUACACACAUGAA